AUGUCUGCGGACAAGAUCAACGAUGAGACCAAGCGGAAAGACGUUGGAGUCUUUGUCGGCGUUUUUGGUGAGGACUGUCUCCAAGAGAACGUCAUGGAUAGCCAACUGGCUGGCUUAUACCGAGGCACCGGCUUCUUGGACUUUCUCCAAGCCAAUCGCAUCAGCUUCGCGCUAGAUUGGCAGAGUCCUAGUAUGGUAAUCAAAAUAGGUUGUUCAGCUAGCCUUGUCGCUUUGGACAUGGCUUGCCAUAGCCUGAGGAGCGGCGAGUGUUGUGCUGCUGUUGUUCUGGGUGUCAACCUCAUCACCUGCCCUCUCAUGACACUGCUGUACACGGAUCAAGGCUUGUUAAGUCCUUCUGGUCGCUGCAAGACGUUUGAUGCCAGUGCAGAUGGCUACGGCCGUGGGGAAGCUGUUAACGGCGUUUACCUGAAGUUAUUAUCAAACGCUAUGCGGGAUCGAGACCCCAUUCGCGCUGUGGUACGGGCUAGCGCCCAGGCCAUGAUGGGCGCAAGUCGGGACAGCUUAAACCUGAAGCCGCGGCACAGGAACUGCUAA